AUGCAGAUGCAGGAACUGCGCAAGAAGCUCGUGGGGGAGGACAGCGAUGCAAAACUGAACGGUCAUGAGGUGGAGACGCGGUUGCUGUGCGGUUACGUGAUGCUUGACGAGAUUCUGAAAGAGUUUUGCUCAAUUCUAUUUGCCCGCGAGCGUUUGAGGACGCUUCCGCUUCAACCGGAAGGAUAUUUUAUGGAGCCGAAGCGGGCUGGGUCGUUUUCUCCCUUUUCGAUGGUGCAGCGCGAGCGCGCUCCAUCCAGCGAAACCUUUUUUUCUGACGAUGGUUCUGAGGUGGACGAGGGUUCACCACGCAAUGAGGAACGCAUUGGCAAGGAGUUUGAGGCUCUGUUAGCUGAAGCUCAGUCCAGCAUGGAUGAAUUACUUGUUGGUUCUAGCGAGGGCUUGACGAUGUAUGCGUCCAGAAGCAGACCUAAAGACAUAUACUGA